AGCCAGCGGCUUGGUAAGUUCUCCCACAAUGCAUUGCGCAUCACUCAUGGCUGCUUACUGAUGCAUCUCGCAAACACAUGGGUGGAAGGUAAACGUGUGGCAUAAUAUUCGAAAACACCGACUCGUCUGAUUAAUUGAACCGAUCGAUCGGCGGGUUGAUUCGGAGCGUCCUGGCGGGAGGCAGCAGCUCAUUCUGCGGGCUGACAGCGAGCACAGGCGGGAUGCCGCUGGACGUGGAGCUCUCCAUCCUCCGAGGCUUUCUAACACCAAGCGAAGCAACGGAAUGGAAGCAGAACCCAGUCUGCACUGCAGAGGUGAGCUCUCUGUUGGAGUCCUUGAUGGCGGGAAACUUUGAGGCAGUUCUGCUGAGCCACCUGAUGGUCGAUCUGCUCACUGGGGAUGGCAGCUGCAGUGAGGAGGAAGACAUUGAGACCUACCUGGAAAGACGGGUCCUGCUGUACCUGACUUUUGGCACCAACAAUGACCAGACCAGCAGGGAGCUUGCAGUAUUGGCCCUUGCAGUCUCUUGUCUCCACCUGUUUGCCCAAAGUAACUGGACUGGUCCUCCAGUCUCUAUUAAUUUGUCAGACCUGCUGCCCCCAGCCCUGCUCUCCUCUCAGCCCCAGACCCUGGUUGAGGCGAUGCACUCUAGCCUGCUGCUGGAUGGUGAGGCAGUGUACAGCCUUGUUGCCAACCCCUUCCUCCUCCUACUGGCAAGGGUUGUUCUUACAAAGUGCUCCUGCAAGAUGGAAAGCCUCCAGCUGCUGCCGUGGUGGACCCUGCGCUACAUUAACCUGCACCAGCAAAUCCUGGAGGCCUGUUCUCAGCAGCUCCUAACCCUGGCCCACAGCAGCAUGGACAAAGUGCUGAAAUGCCAGUCUCUGUUGUUGGAGCAGAGGAACCUGGCCAUACAGUUGCACCUGGAGUGUGUCUACACUAGUCUGACGUACUAUGAGUACCAACCAGCCAAGGAACAUAUCAAGAGGGCCCAGGAGCUUUCAGGGCUCAACAUCAAUGUGACUGGUGCUCUUGGCAAACGGACCCGUUUCCAGCACAAGUACUUGGCUCAGCUCAUUCUAGAGGUCAAGAAAAAGCAGGACCAACCCGGUCAGACAGAUGAUCUGGCCAGUCCCACCCCCACAUCUCUGGCCAGCCUGCCAAAGGACUGCAGUUUGGGUGAUGACACUGUGCUGGAUAAGAUCAAUUUAGCGGAGCCAGAUCAGCAUGAGCUGCCUGACCUCAGCGCCGAGGAGCAGGCCGUCAUCCUGGGCAUCUGUAUUGACUUCCAGAAGAAUAACCCUGUCCACAAACUGACCGAAGAAGAACUCCUGGCAUUCACAUCUUGUAUUCUGUCUCAGCCUAAGUUCUGGGGUGUACAAGUCACAGCACUUUUCCUCAGGACCAAACUGGAAAAAGGCAGCACACGAUGUAUUGAGAGAGCCAUGAUGCAGACUCAGGUGAUGGUUGACCACUUUGAAGACAAAAACUGCCCUGUGACUGAACGACUCAAAGUUUUCUACUGCUGCCAUGUGCCUCCCAGAUGGGCUGUUCAGAAACAGCUGGCCAGCCUGUUGACAGACCUUGGCUGCAUCAGUUCAGCACUGCUCAUUUAUGAAACGCUGGAGCUCUGGGAGGAUGCUGUUAUCUGCUAUGAGAGGCUGGGUCAACACGGCAAGGCCGAGGAGAUUGUUCGUCGGGAGUUGGAGAAGAAAGAAACGCCCAGUCUGUACUGCCUCCUGGGAGAUAUAUUGAGGGACCAUCAGUAUUACGACCGGGCAUGGGAGCUAUCGGGUCGACGCAGUGCCAGAGCCAUGCGCUCCAAAGCCCUGCUUCACCUCCACAACAAGGAGUUCCAGCAGUGCGUUGACUGCUUUGAACAGUCGCUUAAAUUAAACACCAUGCAGCUAGGUGUGUGGUUUUCCCUCGGUUGUGCUUACUUUGCCCUGGAGGGCUAUGAGGGAGCUGCCAAAGCAUUCCAGAGGUGCGUGGGACUAGAGCCAGAUAAUGCAGAAGCAUGGAGCAACCUCUCCACUGCCUACAUUCGCCUCAGGAAGAAAAACAAAGCCUUUCUUACCCUGCAGGAGGCCCUGAAGUGUAACUAUGAACACUGGCAGAUCUGGGACAACUAUAUUGCUGUGAGCACUGACAUCGGUGAUUUUGCUGAAGCCAUCAAGGCAUACCAUCGUCUGAUGGACCUCAGGGAAAGCUACAAGGAUGUCCAGAUCCUACAGAUCCUGGUAAGAGCAGUUGUUGAAAACCUGACUGACAGCCGUGGAGAGCAAGCUGUAAGUCAGCAGUCCAAACUGAGAGAGCUUCUGGGGCGGGUGAGUUCCCGUCACAGCAGUGAUCCUGAGAUAUGGCGGCUAUACGCUCUGGUGUAUGGUGAUGGCCAAAGCUCCAACCCAGAAGACAAUGAAAAGACACUGCAGUUCUUGUCCAAGGCUCAACACUGCAAAGUUCAGGCUGGUGGCUGGGAGAAUGAACCUGGUCCCUUCAAGGUGGUGAUUAAAGAGGGAAUUCAUAUGGGUGAAGUGGCCAUCAGUUGCAGUAAGAAGAAAAGGAAUCCAGCAGAAGCCCUUCAGAUGCUGUCCUCAGUCCGUCUCAGCCUCAGAAGUCUGGCCACUAAGGCAAAGCAAAAGCACACAGAUGUGGCCACAGGUCAGAUCCACGCUGAGCUGCAGGAAUGUGCCGCUGCUCUGGAGCAGCUCAUCACAGAGAUACAGGAGCUGAGUGGAAGGCUGCGUGAUCAGUUACAACAGGCAUCCACCUAAGAAAGACCCGAAGCUGUCGGUCUGAAGGCCUCUCAUUUGUAAAGAGUAAUCAGACAAACUCUUACGCCAGUCAGAAUCCUUGAAUAUUAUUCAAUACCCUUAAAUCAAGUGUUAAAGGUACACUAUGGAACUUUUUACAGGCCUAUACAUGAAAAAGAGAUAGAGUUCUUGGUACAUGGAAUAGCAGUUUGCAAGAGCUAACACAAGCUUAACCUGUAGGUUAAAGCUAUGUUUACAUUUGAUCUGUUGACAUUAGUGAAAAACUGGCUUGUAUUUUGCGAUGUGGCUGGGGGGGGAAGAAAGACAUCUUCGCCCAUCUAGAACUCCUACAGUACGAGAACAGGAGUCAACAGCAGGUGUCAGUACGGGUCACAAUAAACACAUUGUACUGUUGACUUCCAUUGUCAUUUUUCUGAAGAGGACAGGCUGAAAAAGUUACAUAGUGAAUGUUUAUCAUGUGACAACUGAGAAUAAGAGUAGAUCAGACUAGAAAUUAAGAAUUCAAGGACUCACUUUGUAAUUAUGUUUUUAUAUCCAUGCAACCACGCUGGAAUGUAAACCAUGUCUGUUUGGCAUCCAAUAUUAAAAUAUGUAAAACUUUGAA